CUGAGUUGGUAUGCCUCACCCAUACAAAAUUUUUUCCACAAUAAUGACUCCCAGACGUCAACAUAAGCAAAAAACAAACAAACAAACAAACAAAACAAAAAACUGAAACCUCUGUCACCACAGCCACAUACACCCUUCUUCUGUAACUCCUAUCGAUCAAUUAAAAGAAGCAAAAAUGGUGGUAAGCAGGAGGCGGCUUCUGAUUUCAGAUUUCCUCAUGUCUUUCAUGUGGGUUUGGUCAAGUGUGCUUAUUAAGAUGUUUGUUCACACAAUAUUAGGUUAUGGAGCUCAUGAUCUCAAAGGUGAAAUCCUCAAACAUGCAAUUUCUGUCAUCAAUAUGUUCUUCUUUGCCUCGUUGGUUAAAGCUACCAAGGGUGGGGCCUACAACCCUCUAACAGUCUUAUCCGGUGCCAUCUCUGGAGAUCUCACCAAUUUCCUCUUCACCAUUUCUGCUAGAGUUCCUGCUCAGAGAACACAUGUGACGUUGGCGAGGAUUUCAUUAGCUAGAGCUAAUGAGUUGGCAAUCCAUGGACGUGGACCUCGUUUGAGCAUUGACAUCCACCGAGGUGCAUUGACAGAAGGAUGUUUGACAUUUGCAAUUGUUAUCAUUUCACUUGGACUUUCCAGAAAAAGUCAUGCGAGUACUAUCAUGAAGACAUGGAUAUCCAGUCUGUCCAAACUGACUCUUCACAUUCUUGGUUCUGAUCUAACAGGUGGAUGCAUGAAUCCAGCUUCUGUGAUGGGGUGGGCUUAUGCACGGGGUGAUCAUAUUACUAAGGAGCAUAUACAUGUUUAUUGGCUUGCUCCAAUACAAGCAACUUUGUUGGCUGUUUGGACUUUCAAUUUGCUAGUUUCCCCACCAAAGGACAAAGAAGAGAAGAAGAGAGAGAAAAAGUCAGAAUGAUGGUGGUUCCUGAAUUAUUGGUCAUCAUUCUUUUCUGGUUCCGAAACUACAUGCAUCGACUUACUUCUCUUUCUUUUUGAAACUUAAUUUGCCAAGUUUAUUUUUUUGUCUCAAUAUAAUAUUAACCUCUCCCAUGUUUCUUGAUGAAAAUCCCCUAUCUAUGUUGGUUUUGUUAUGAAACAAUAAACCACAAAAAAAGAAUAUUGUAGAGUGUUGUAAAUUUAUUAUAUUAAUGUGGAUGUGCCAUAACUUCAAGAUGUAAUAUCAUCAUUAUGUGUUGUAAUAGCAACACUUCCGUACUUCCUCAUUGAUCUCUCACACCCCAUAUUCUCCAAAGGUUAAUGCCAUGUUUAAGACAAUCUUAGACCUACCCUCUUGUAUUAGUAUAAAUAGGUGAUGGAUAUUAUAUUUGAAGAUUUGGAAGAAAUUAAAUAAGAAAAACUCUAAUUUCUA